GCAGCAGAGGGACCUGCGGAGAGACCAGACGGGAGCUUCCGAGGGGCCCGGGGGACCCUGCUGAGAGCGGGGUUUUCCACGGGUAGAGAUGAGGGUCUGGGACACGGCACUGCCCUUUCUGGGCCUGCUCCUACUCUUCUUGAGCUCCCGGGCCCAAGAAUCGCAGCCCCGCAGCCUCACCCCACAGGAGGGUCUGCUGAGCCGCGGGCCUGGAACCGCCACCCUGAGCUGUGGUGCUCCAGGAGACCCCCCGUCCGCUGCCCGCUGGCUCUGGGAUGGGGCACCCCUGAGCUCCAGCCCCUCCGGCCCUCACCGCCUCCUCCCUGAUGGAUCCCUCCUCCUCCUGCGGCCCCCCGCGAGAGGCCGGGCCCGCUCCGAGGACGUCUUCACCGACCAGGGGAUCUAUACCGACCAGGGCGUUUAUACCUGCGAGGCCAUCGAUGAGCUCGACCCAGGGGCCGGAAAGGGGGUCAGGCUCCCAGUGGCCGCUCUGCGUGAGGAUUUCCGUCUGCAGCCCCGAGACGUGGCGGCCGGGGAGGGGGACCGGCUGGUGUUGGAGUGCGAGCCGCCGCGCGGCCACCCCGAGCCCACUGUCUCCUGGAGGAAGGACGGGGAGCCCCUGGUCCCGGUGACCGGCCGGCACGUGGUGUCCAGGGGAUCCCUGCUGGUGACCCGGGCGGAGAGAAGCGACUCGGGCAACUACGUGUGCGUGGCGACCAACGCGGCUGGUCAGCGAGAGAGCCGGACGGCCAGGGUGUCCAUACGGGUAGAGACCCCGGCCUCCGCCCGCGAUGAGCCUCUGGAGCUGCUGGUUCUGCGCGUCCAGCUGGAGAACGCGACGGUGCUGACCCCCGGCCUGGGCUCCGCUUCGGGUCCAGCCGUGCAGCUCACCUGGAACGAGAUGGGCCCCGCCGCCCCCGCCCAGACUUACACAGCCCUGUUCCGGGCCCGGGACCCCUCGGGGACGGAGGGGUCGAGAGGCCCGGGCGGCCCCUGGGUGGAGCGGCCCCUGAAAGGCAGAAGGAGGGCCGAGCUGCGGGGCCUGGACUGGGGCCGAGGCUACGAGAUCAAGGUGAGGCCGUCCUCGGGCCGGGCCCGGGGCCCGGACAGCAACGUGCUCAUUCUGCAGCUGCCCGAGAAAGUGCCCAGCGCCCCUCCCGAGGCCGUCACUCUGUACCGUGGCAACGACACCAUCGUGGCCAGCUGGGCUCCACCUCCACGGGAGACCCGCAACGGCCUCAUCCUCAGCUACCAGCUCCAGUGCCUGGUGAACGCCUCGAUGCCUCCUGCCAACUGGAGUGUGGCUGCCAGUCCAACCCACGCGGAGAUUGGCGCCUGGGCGCCCGGCUCCUACUGCGUUCAGGUGGCCGCCGUCACCGGGGCCGGGGCCGGAGCCCUCAGCCGCCCCGUCUGCAUCCUCAUCGAGUUGCCGCGGGAGUGGGAGGCCCGGGAUCCCGGGAAGGCCGAGCUGUUGGCGUUGGAGCAGCUUCAGGAGACGCUGAGCAGGCCGGAGGUCAUCGCUGGAGCCGGGGCCGGGCUGUGGCUGCUGCUGCUGGGGGCCGCCGUGUGUUUGCGUCGCCGGCGCCGAGUGCGAACCGGCCUGGCCUCGGGACUGUACAGAUACUCCAGCGCUGACACCAUCCUAAAACACCGGCUGGACCUCAGCGAGUCCCCGUGGUUGGCGGACAGCUGGCGCUCCACGGCCGGCGGCCGGGACCUGAGUAGCCAAAGCAGCCUGAGCAGUCGCCUGGGCGGAGACACGCGAGACACCCUGGAUGGCCGCCGCUCCCUGAUUUCCAGUGAGGGCCGCAGCCCGGGCGUCCCCCUCCUGCCCGACACCAGGACUUUCUACGGCUCCCUGAUUGCCGAGCUGCCCACUGGCCCCCCCGGGCCCCGGCCCGCCCGGCGCCUGGCCCCUCAGCUGGCCCGUCUGUCCAGCCCCUGGCCCAGCUCUGAUAGCCUCUGCAGCCUCCGCCGGGCGACUCCUCCCCUGCCCCCCUCCAUCGCCCACCCGACGGCCUGGAGGAGAGGGGGGAAGCUCGAGCUCCAUCAGGCAAACAGCUCUCCCCUGCCGCCCUUCAACCGUCCCGGACAACUGUGGAGCUGGGAACUGGGGGGCAUUGACAAUGGGGUCCUUCCCCGGCGCCCACGAGCCGUACCCCGGACGAGGGCUUCUUGGAGACCCCCGGGGACUCAGCUCCUCGGCCCUCUCCCCCCGGCACCCCCGCCCCCUCAGAGCCAGCAGCACCCCUCUGACAGGGGCACCUCGGACCCAUGGACAUCUUCACCGCUGCCCCCGGCUGCCCCCGCUCCUCCACCCAGCUCCCUCAACCCCUCCGUCUCCAGCCGGCUGUCCUCCUCUACGCUGUCCUCCCUGGGGGACGAUCGGGACAACGUGCUGACCCCCGAGGACGUGGCCCUGUGCCUAGAGCUCGGUGACGGGGUAGAGGGUCCCAGGGUUGGCUCUCCCCUUCCACGAGCCCCAUCCCCUCCCACCAGUUUUGGCUACAUCCCAGCUGCCCCCGGACUGGUGGCGGGGGCCGGAGAGGGGCCUACAGCCCAGGCCUCCCUGUGCCCGGCCCGGCCCGGCCGCACCCCUUCGCCCAGCGAGGCUUCCCUGGCCAACGGCUGGGGCUCGGCCUCCGAGGACAAUGGCGUCAGCGCCCGCACCAGCCUGGUCAGCUCCUCCGACGGCUCCUUCCUGGCCGAUGCCAACUUCGCCCGUGCCCUGGCUGUGGCGGUGGACAGCUUCUGCCUCAGCCUGGAAACGGGGGAGAGUGAUCCAGUCUUUGCAGACUUCUCCCCUCCAGCUUCUCCCCUGCACGGCCCCUUCCCCGCGGUCUUGAGUCUGCCCAGCCCAGUGCCGCUGGCAGGGUGGGACUGGAUGGAGGAGAUGGAGGCCAGAUACAGGCUGUGGCUAGGGCGGGGGCCCCAGGCCCGCAGGCCGGCCAGCCUGGGCCCAAGCCCAACGAUUCCUGACCAGCCCAUCGCAGAGCCUGGGGACCAGGGCAGAGAUGGCACCUCCUGAUGCCCAGGGAGCCGGAGACCAGGGGCUGCAUCUCUUGGCAUCUCCUGGCUUGCGAAUCCAGGCGAUCCCUACCCCGCCCUGAGCCAAAUCUCCCUUCCUCCCCUUGGGCGCCAUUAGGAGGGUCCCCUUUCCGCUCCCCAGGCCGGCCCUGGUCAUUCUCCGUAUGGUGGGCCGUCCCUCAUUAUCAUCUAUCGUAUUUUCCUGCCCUGCUACGGUUGGAGCGGGAUCGGGGAAACCCUCCGGGCCUUCAGGCAGACUGGUGGAGGGAAUAGCAUUUUCCCCCUCAACACUCCUGAAAGGAUCCGGCAUUACAGUGGUUCCUGCCAAAGUCACGCUCCCACCACCGCCAGGAGAGAAUCCAACCUUUUCCCCAACCCGUUUCCUCCUCCAACACAAACCCUCUUUCCCCAUACAGCCGCUCCCCUAUCCUAUUGAUCCUCAUUCCCUUCCCGGACACCUCCCCACGUUGUAA